AACCAGGAUACAACGAGGAUACAAUUACAGCAACAACAACUACUACUACUUAGUCGACAAAGCAGGCGCUUUCGCCUCGGCUUUCCAUCAUGUUGAACCAACCCUCCCAUUCGAACAAAUCCUCCACCUCUGACGCCAGUACUUUUGUACCCGAGACGCAGCCAUUGACUAUGUCUGCCAAAGAGUUUCGCGAGGCAGAGAAGUCUGCGCCUUCAGCUGCGACAGGAUGGAGGUUCAAUGCAGCAUUCUGCUGCUUGUGCAUUGUCAACUUGGUCUGCGCCUUGGAUGCUACAUCUCUGUCUGUGGCUCUGCCUACCAUGGCAGACAAGCUCCACGGUUCCGGCAUAGAAGCAUUCUGGGCCGGCACGUCGUUCCUUCUUACCGCCACCGUCUUCCAGCCCAGCUUUGCGUCGCUUUCAAACGCUUUCGGAAGGAAGCCCAUGCUGCUCAUGGCGCUUUCCUUCUUCACCAUUGGGUCCAUUAUCGGCGCCGUGGCGAAGAACUUCACUGAUCUUCUGGUGGGCCGCUCCUUGCAGGGUGUUGGCGGUGGCGGAAUCUCAGCCCUGACCAAUGUUAUCAUCACUGACAUGGUUCCGCUCGCGGACCGUGGUAAGUGGCUGGGCCUCAUCACCAUGCAGUGGGCCAUUGGCAGUGUCACUGGUCCCAUUAUUGGUGGUGUGCUGGCUGAGAAGGCCUCUUGGAGGUGGAUUUUCUGGAUCAACAUCCCCUUCUGCGUCCUCGGAUUCGUCAUGAUCCCGCUCUUCCUCAAGCUCCAGUACAAGCCUGGAAACCUGAUGGAGAAGCUCAAGCAGAUUGAUUGGGUUGGAUCUUUCCUGUUCGUGGCAUCUACCACGUCUUUCCUGAUUCCCAUCACCUGGGGCGGCAUCAUGUACCCCUGGAACCACUGGCGCACUCUGGUGCCUCUCCUCGUCGGUCUCGGUGGUCUUGUCUUCUUCAUGCUUUGGUCCCGCCUAGUCCCCUCCCAGCCCAUCCUGCGCGGCAGUCUCUUCAAGACCGCCACCGGCCUUGUCUGCUACUUCAGCAUCGUCAUCCACGGCAUGUUCCUGUGGUCUGUGUUGUACUACAUGCCCCUCUACUUCGAAGCCGCCAAGAACUACACCCCCAUCCAGUCGGGCAUUGCCCUCUUCCCCUGGACCUUUACGACCGCCCCUGCGGCCGUCAUCGUUGGCAUCCUCAUCGCACGCAUCGGCAGCUACCGCUGGGCCAUCUACGGCGGCUGGUUCCUCACCACGCUCGGCGUCGGCCUCAUGAUCCUAUUCGAGGCCUCCACGCCCAUGAAAAUGUGGGUGCCGCUCUCGCUCGUGUCGGGCGUCGGCCUCGGCAUGCUCUACCCAGCCAUGAGUCUCUGCAACCAAGCCUCGGCGACCCCCGCCGACACCACGGCCGCCGCAGCGCUGAACCCCUUCUUCCGCAACUACGGACAGAUGCUCGGCGUGGCCGUUGGCGGGUCCAUCGUGCAAAAUAUGGUCAAGAAGAAGCUGGAAGCGAUCCCGAGCCUCGCCCCAAAAGCAGCAGCGUACUCGAAGGACGCGAGCGCCCUUGUCGAAGUCAUCCGCGCCAUGACGGCCCCGGCCCAGCGCCCCCUCCGCGACCAGCUCACCACGGCCUACUGCGACUCGCUGCGCACGCUGUGGAUCGUCAUGUGCGGGCUCGCGGGCGGUGCGCUCGUGCUCAGCGUCCUCUUCACAAAGAGCUACUCGCUGCAGCAGGCGCACGAGACGGAGCAGGGCUUUGUGGGCAGUGGCGGCGCUAAGGCGGCGUCCGUCGACGAGGAAAAGGCGGAGCCCCGCAGUGGUGCCGUCACGCCUGAUGAGGUCGAGCCGUUGCAGCUGCAGCAGGGUACGCCGCGUGUGAUGUCGCCCGACGAGGAGCAGGAGGAGCGGCUGUCGUAUCAGGCGCCUGAGGGCGCGCGCUCGUAUCGUGGGAGGGGCGUUUGAUUUUUCGGUUUGAUUUGAUUAUGAUUUUGGGCGUUGCUGCAUAGCCUGGCGUUGUUUGUUUGUUUGACAAGUUUUUUGGGGUAGUUGCUUCCCUCUUACCUACCUAGACAGGGGCGUUUUUAUUUUGGGUUCUGUGGUAGGAUACCAGGACCAGGAAGAGGCGGGUUUGGUUUGUUUGUUUGUUUGGUUGGUUGGUUGGAUGGAUGGAUGGAUGGAUGGAUGGAUGGUUGGUUGGUUGGUUGGUCACAUGCAUAUAUAGGCCCUGGAAAGGGCGGAAAAGUUAGGGGAUUUAUAGGUGGUGGAGCAAGGA